AUGUCGAAGAUAGCUUUAGGGAACGAAUCACUUGUUGGGUCUUUGAUUCCAUCGAACAAGAAAUCGUACAAAGUAACAAACAGGAUACAAGAAGGGAAGAAACCUUUGUACGCUCUUGUUUUUAACUUCAUCGAUUCUCGUUUCUUCAAAGUCUUCGCCACCGCUGGUGGAAAUCGGAUUACUCUGUACAAUUGUGUUGAAGGUGGUACCAUAACUGCAUUGCAAUCCUACACUGAUGAAGAUAAGGAGGAGUCAUUUUACACUGUAAGUUGGGCUUGUGAUGUUAUUGGGAACCCAUUUGUUGCGGCUGGAGGAGUGAAAGGCAUAGUCCGAGUCAUUGAUGUCAACAAUGAAAGGAUUCAUAAGAGCCUUUUGGGCCACGGGGAUUCCGUGAACGAAAUCAGGACACAACCUUUGAAACCUCAACUUGUGAUUACUGCUAGCAAGGAUGAAUCUGUUCGGUUGUGGAAUAUUGAAACUGGGAUAUGUAUUCUGAUAUUUGCUGGAGCUGGAGGUCAUCGCUACGAAGUUCUAAGUGUGGAUUUUCAUCCCUCUGAUAUUCACCGUGUUGCUAGUUGUGGUAUGGACACAACUAUCAAAAUCUGGUCAAUGAAAGAGUUUUGGACAUAUGUUGAGAAGUCAUUCACUUGGACAGAUGAUCCGACAAAAUUCCCCACCAAGUUUGUCCAAUUCCCUGUGUUUACAGCUUCAGUUCAUACAAAUUAUGUAGACUGUAACCGUUGGUUUGGUGAUUUUAUCCUUUCAAAGAGUGUAGACAACGAGAUCCUAUUGUGGGAACCACAACUAAAAGAGAAUUCUCCUGGGGAGGGUACUGCAGAUGUUCUUCUAAGAUACCCAGUUCCGAUGUGUGAUAUCUGGUUUAUCAAGUUUUCUUGUGACAUCCACUGCAGUUCUCUCGCAAUAGGGAAUCAAGAAGGAAAAAUCUAUGUAUGGGAUUUACAAAGUUGCCCUCCUGUUUUGAUCUCAAAGUUAUCACACAAUCAGUCAAAGUCUGUAAUCAGGCAAACUGCUAUGUCCGAUGAUGGAAACAUAAUUCUUGCUUGCUGCGAGGACGGGACAAUAUGGCGUUGGGACGCACCUACCACCAAGUAG